CAUCAAUGUCCGCCGAAGAACCAAAGAUUGAAAACGUCGAAGAAGAAGAAGUCCCAACCUUGGAAGAUGUCCCUGUUGAACAACUCAAGGGUGAAUCUGCUGCCGCUGCUGCUGCCAGACACAGACAAUCAAAGGCUGAAAAGAAGAACAAGAAGGCCAUUCUCAAGGCUGGUUUGAAGGAAUAUCCAGGUGUCAAGCAAGUCUCCAUCAGAAGUGCUCAAAGACUCAACUUGACUAUUGAUGAUCCAGAAGUUUUCAUCUCUGACAAUGGUAACGGUACUGCUGUCUUUGUUGUUUUCGGUAAAUUCAACAUGGAAGAUGCCACCCAACAAAGAGGACAACAAGCUGUUGCUGACUUGUUGAAGCCAAAGGAUGAAGUCCCAGUUGAAGCCACUGAAUCCGAUGAAACCCCAGAAGAACUCCCAGAAAAUAUUGCCGAAAAGGAUGUCCAAAUGGUCAUUGAACAAACUGGUUUGUCCAGAAAUGCUGCCAUCAAGAAGAUUAAGGAACACGGUGGUGACAUCAUUGAAGCUAUCACUUCUGCUCAAAAGUAAAUUAUUAAAAAAAAAAUUUAAAUUCUCUUAAAAA